AUGUCGGAGCGAUCCCAGAGCCCUACUUUAGAGUGCAACAGCCGGCCUGAUGACUUCAGCCGGGCCAUGUACGCCCAGGCCUUGAGUCAAGAGGGGUUUGGAGGCGCGUCGCUCCAGAUACCACACGGCGUUCUACAACACCAUAGUCUUCUCUUCAACAAGACCGCAUACAACGGGAUGCCUCCGACAACAGCUCAACCCUUUUUCCCGUUCCAACCGGGCAGUGGUGACUAUAGGGCCUCCGACUUGCAAGCCGGUGAUUUUUGCCAACCCAAACACUGGUAUCCCAUCGCCGCUGCCGAGUACACCGGCCAAGUACCGGGGGUCGCAGCGGCUACCCAGCCCACAAACCUGAGCCCACCAAACACCGAAACCAGGGAACAAAUCAAGAUGCCCGAAAUAAAGAUGGAGAAGGAUGUCAAUGACGAGUAUGAGCAAAAGAUCCAACACUAUCCAACUCCAACUUCGUCCGCUGUAGCUCACGGGGUUUACUACUCGACUCCAUGGAACCCAUCAUUUUGGCCCGGCUUUCCCCACAUCACGGCUGCGAGUACCAAUACUCAAAACCUCAACUCCAUACCCUCAACAUCGUCUUCAUCGUCCCCAUCUCUCUCGCCCUCACCCCCCAGUAAUGGGGUACCCGGGGUCACGUUCUUCAAUGGGAGCGCAAGCCAAACUGCCCAAACACCCCAGGCGCAAACCUCUACCCGGAGCAGUGGCUCCUCCAGCGGCGGGUGCAGUGACUCGGAGGAAGAGGUGAGUCUGAAAAUGGGCCUAUGUACUGUUAUCCCAUGGUCAUUGUCAGUGGUGUAAAGUACUUAAGUAAAAAUACUUUAAAGUAGUACUUAAGUCGUUUUUGGGGGGUAUCUGUACUUUCACUUUAAUAUUUUAUAUUUUUGACGUUUCCUUCACUACAUUACCAAAAUAAAUAAUGUGCUUUUUACUCCAUACAUUUUCCCUGACACCCAAAAGUUCUCAUUACAUUUUGAAUACUUAGCAGGACAGGAACAUUUUCUAAUUCACACACUUAUCAAGAGAACAUUCCUGGUCAUCCCUACUGCCUCUGAUCUGGCAGACUCACUAAGCAAGAAAAUGGUGAUGUUUGCUUUAAUAUGGAAUUUGAAAUGAUUUAUACUUUAACUUUUGAUACCUAAGUAUAUUUAAAACCAAAUACUUUUUACUCAAGUAGGAUAUUACUGAGUGAUUUUCACUUGAGUCAUUUUCUAAUAAGGUUUACUCAAGUAUGACAACUAAGUACUUUCUCCACCACUGGUCAUUGUACAUUUACAUUUUAGUCAUUUAGCAGACGCUCUUAUCCAGAGCGACUUACAGGAGCAAUUAGGGUUAAGUGCCUUGCUUAAGGGCACAUCGACAGAUUUUUCACCUAGUCGGCUCGGGGAUUAGAACCAGCGACCUUUCGGUUACUGGCACAACGCUCUUACCCACUAAGCUACCUGCCGCUACCUGUACUAUUAUGCAUUUAACCUCCAAGUUGUCUUUUCAUUCAAAAAAGAGUGUUGAUGGUGUGAAAUGUUUUCUAAUGUGGUUAGUACAUUUUGCCUCUAACAGGAGAACCUUUCAACUGAGGAACUGGAACAGUUUGCCAAGGAGCUGAAGCACACUCGUAUAACCCUGGGUUUCACACAAGCAGAUGUAGGCCUGGCCCUAGGCAACCUUUAUGGUGAGUUUUCCUGCUGUGUUGAAUACUUUCCAUACAUAACCUUUCCCCUCUGUGCCAUUGAGUUGGUGUAUGUGAAGGAUGCAUUUAUUUGGCCUCUGAACUUGCUGAGUGUCUCAUUAAAUUUACUUGACACAUUCUCUGAGGAAACCAUUGGCUAUUGAGGCAAUGUUCCUGUCAUACACUGCACCCACUGUAGUUGCAGUGACUUCAACUACUGAUGACCACUUGUUCUGUUUAGGCAAGAUGUUCAGCCAGACUACAAUCUGCCGCUUUGAAGCCCUCCAGCUCAGCUUCAAGAACAUGUGCAAGCUGAAGCCCCUGCUCCGGAGAUGGCUGAAUGAGGCUGAGACCUCGGACAACCCCCAGGAUGUGAGUAUUAUAAUCUCCCUCUUUAUUAUCAUAUAUGUUGGUUGUAGUUUAGAAACCCAUCUGGUCAAGAGCGGGGUCAGGUUUGCUGAGUCUAGAAUGACAUCUUGUGGAUAGAAAAGCCAUACAUUUCCAUGAGCAACCAAGGUGAUAUUUAUUAGAGAAUGUUCACCAUUAAAUGUUAGCUAUUCAGCUUUUGCGUUUUGUUAUUUAAGGGGAGGUUCUUUUGAGGGGAACCAUGGUAUUAAGUCCUCUGGAAUGGACCAAAGCACACUGCAAUGUCCCAGUCUAAAUGUAAGUGCAUGUUUGUCACCAGAUGUACAAGAUCGAGCGGGUAUUUGUGGACACCAGGAAGAGGAAGCGGAGGACCAGUCUGGAGGGGUCGGUGCGCACGGCUCUGGAGUCUUACUUUGUCAAGUGCCCCAAACCGAACACCCAGGAGAUCACACACAUUGCUGAUGACCUGUGUCUGGAGAGAGACGUGAGUCCCAUACAGCUGCCCAUCACGUCCUGUCACUUACUGCCCUUCCUCAACCCUGCAUGGCCUUUAAGUUCCUCUUAGAUGACAUGGAGCCUAAAUACAUUUAUGGCAAAUGCCGUCUUGCUUGUGUUGCCAUGGUUUGAAUCUUAGUGCUGUUUAUGUUAACUUCUGACCCUGUCAGGUUCUGUAUUUUAUAAUAUAGGAAGUGUGGAAAUACGUUUUGGUCAGCAGGUGACUUAUGUUGUGUUUGGCAGGUGGUGCGUGUGUGGUUCUGUAACCGCAGACAGAAGGGCAAGCGCCUGGCCCUCCCCUUCGAUGAGUGUGAAGGACAGUACUAUGAGCAGAGCCCCCCUCCCCCACACACGGCUCACUCCCCCCUCCCUGGGCAGGGGUACUCUCUCUCCGGCCACCCCGGUGGCCCCACCUUCUACAUGCCCCCCCUCCAGAGGCCAGAUGUCUUUAAGCAGGCCCUGCACCCUGGACUGGUGGGUCACCUGACAAGUUAA